GAGUGAUAAUAACAAAGUUAUUAAAAUUGUUUUCAAUUUUAAAAAAAAAAUAAUAAAACAAAAGUUUAAAUAAGAAAUACAAUUUCCAGUUUUCUUCUUCUUCUUCUUCUGGAGACUGAAAUCAAUGGCGAUUGAGCUCAAACUUUCCCAUGCCAAUCGAAUCUACCGACCUUCAGAACCUCUUGAAGGAAAAAUCAUCGUCAACUCUCCUUCUACGAUUUCUCACUAUGGUAUUCGCAUCACUGUCAAUGGAUCCGUCAAUCUACAGGUUCGUGGAGGAUCAGCAGGUGUUAUUGAGUCUUUCUAUGGUGUUAUUAAGCCUAUACUCAUUGUGAAUAAGAACAUUGAGAUCAAACCUUCUGGAAAGAUUAGUUCCGGAACCACAGAGAUACCAUUUUCUCUGUACCUCAAGAAGGCAGGAGAAAAGAACUUAGAAAGAUUCUACGAGACCUUCCAUGGCGCCGAUAUUAGCAUUCAGUAUUUAUUAACUGCAGAUUUGAUGAGAGGAUACCUUCAUAAAUCAUUAUCUACAACAACAGAGUUCAUUAUUGAAAGUGACAAAGAUGAUCUUCUAGCAGGACCAGUUGCUCCUGAGAUGGUAAUCUUUUACGUUACUCAAGACACUCAAAGACACCCGCUUCUUCCCGAAUUAAAAUCUGGUGGAUUUCGGGUGACUGGAAGAAUGUCUACUCAGUGUUCUUUGUCAGAUGCCAUUACUGGUGAACUAACAGUGGAAUCAUCUGCAGUUCCCAUUAAAUCCAUUGAUAUACAAUUGCUUCGUGUAGAGUCAAUUCUUCUUGGUGAAAAAAUUAUUACCGAAACAUCUCUUAUUCGGACUACUCAGAUAGCAGACGGAGAUGUAUGCCGGAAUCUGACUUUGCCCAUUUACGUUUUACUUCCCCGCCUUUUAACAUGUCCAACAAUCUUAGCAGGUCCAUUCUCAGUUGAGUUCAAAGCUUCAAUAGUCAUAACCUUUCAGUCAGAGCUCUCCAAAUUACACUCAAAGUCUGAUCCCAGAACUCCGAGAUUGUGGACAGCAAUGGAGACUUUGCCCCUUGAACUUGUACGAACAAAGUAAGAUAUGUUGAAGAAAAAAGGAUGUAAUUGAAGACCCAUUGUAAGUCUAGAUUUUUCAAAGACUAAACAUCAAUUUUUGUAAUGUUUUCUGAGCUUAUUGUACAUAAAUUUUAAAUAUAGAACAUAAGGAUUUAAAAGCUUCAAUAUAAAGUUCAGAUUGAGGACUAA